UUCAUUCAAUUCUUCAUCGCCCAUUCCAAAGCUUUUCCUUUCUCCGCUUCACACUCAUCUCUCUCACUCACUCUCCGCAUUUACUGGAAAAUGGGUUGCGUUUCCUCCACUCUGCUCAGCCGCGACGAAGAGUUCGCGCAGAUCGGCGGCUCCGCCGGCCUCGGCCACCACAUUGUGUCUCUCACCUCCACCACUUACGGCCUCUUAACACUCGAUCCACCGGCGCCGGCGUCCGACGACGAUGAGGAGGAGGAGAAAGAGAAGGAGAAAGCUUCUCCUCCGGUGCGUACCACUGCGCCAGUUACGCCCAUUCCUCCUACACGGUUCAGUCUCGGCUCGCUCUUUGCUAGCCCGUUGCUCUCCGAGCCUAGGCCGCUCAAAUUCUCCGAACCGCCGUCUGAAGUUAUAAACUCCUGGGAGCUAAUGUCCGGCCUCGAUUCAGCUCAGCAGGCCAGCAAUAGCGCAGCUCAGAGCUUCCGAUUUACUCCUCUACCCUCCACCGCGGAUUAUAGCUUCAGGUUUUCUCCAAUGUGUCCGAAGCCCUCGUUUAAAAACGAAAAUUCAAACCCUAAUCUCUCCUCCGGCGAAGAACCGAAGGUUCUAAAGCCACCAACCUUAAUCGAAGCCGUCCUCGCUAAGAAAUCAUCCAAUUCCAAGUACGAAGGGUUCGAGGACCUCUGCCCACCAAAUGGGGAAAACAAGGUGGUGAUAUAUACGACGACGUUGCGGGGCGUAAGAAAAACCUUCGAGGCUUGCAAUGCGGUUAGAUCCGUGAUUGAGGGCGCUGGGGUUCUGGUCUGUGAAAGGGACAUUUCAAUGGACAAAGGGUUCAAGGAAGAGCUUAGGGAGCUAAUGAAGGAGAAAGAUAGCAGUGAGCUAAUACCUCCUAGGGUUUUUGUGAAAGGGAGAUACAUAGGAGGAGCUGAGGAGCUACUAAGGAUUGCUGAAGAAGGGGGAUUGGGAGAUUUGCUUCAAGGUUUGCCUAAAUUGAGAGCUGGGUAUGUGUGUGAAGGUUGCGGCGGGGCUCGAUUCUUGCCCUGUUUUACAUGUAAUGGAAGCUGUAAAAUGGUUAUGGCGGUGAGGGAAGAUAUGGAGCAGAAGCAUGGUAGGACUGUGGUGGUGAGGUGCUCUAAUUGCAACGAAAAUGGCUUGGUUCUUUGCCCCAUUUGUACCUAGAAGAUGCAUCUGUGAUCUGCCAUAAGUUUUGCUGCUUGCUUGGGCUCUGUUGUACUUUGGAGCAUAGAGAAUGGACUUUGCAUUUUAAAAAGAGUGCUUCAAAGAAUGGGAUUUAGCAUUUUACCCUCAUCCUUUGAUAUUGAAGAACAGUUUCAACUGUAGGGGGGCAAGGACUUGGCCAUAAAUUUUUUUUCUUUAAUUUGUAUCAAUAGACAAUACUCCGAUCCAUAUGUAAAUUACUUGACUUAAAAAUGAAUUAGUAAAAAAUGU